AUUUCCACAGUCAUUUUCAGAAAGUUUCAAACUUUGGCGGAAAAUUUUCAACUUCACUAUCCCCAGUUGAACUCCCCUACUGCUGGUUGUUGUGUUGAUCGAAAUCUAAAAGCUGCCUUUGGAUAAGGUAGAAAGGAGAAAGCAGUCACCUUGACAUGGAAGAAGAAAGAAGCGUGGCAGACAAGAAAGUGGCAAAGAACGAGGUGGUUCUACGAAUUUCAGACUCUGAAGGAGCCAUGAAUGCAGAAAUAAAAGAUUCUGGAAGUUUUCCAGUAGCUGGAAGCAGCUCCCUUUCUCCUCAGCACAAGACCCAGAUAAAUAAAAGGUUUAAAGAUUCUGGUGGUGAAAUCACAGAGCCUCUGAGAAACAAGGAUCAAGUUUCCACAAAGUGGAUGACAACUACAAAGAGGCUGAUCGGUCAGUCGGAAUUUUCGAAGCCAAAGUCCAGAAUGGUGGAUCCACCGUGUCCAAGAUUUGUAAAAUUUGUCGAAGAAAAGGUUCGAAUGACAAGUUCAUUUGCAUGGAAUUCUCGUAACAGGAAUGUUUCCGAAGCAACUACAGACAAUCCAAGAACCCCCUUGCUUGGGACUCCCGCUGAAGAAGAAGAUGACGAUGAAGAGGUGUACAUGAUUGCAAAUUUUGAAGUGGCCAAGAGAUCUGGUAGGAAGUGGAGAGUUUUUGAGUUGUUUGCUUUUGCUUUCAUCAUGGGAUUUUUUAUUGCAAGUUUGUCUCUUACUCCGUUGCAAAAAAGAGAGCUUUGGGGUUUGAAGAUGUGGAAAUGGUGUGUAUUUAUAUUGGCUAUCCUCUGUGGUAGACUGGUCACUGAGUGGUUUAUCAAUGUUUUGGUUUUCUUGAUUGAGAGGAACUUUUUGUUUAAGAAGAAGGUAUUGUAUUUUGUCUAUGGUGUGAAGAAGAGUGUUCAGGGCUUUAUAUGGCUGAGUUUGGUUCUUCUGACAUGGGAUAUGCUUUUCAGCCCUGAAGUGGAGAAAACCAGUAAGGUUGGUAGGAUUCUUGAUUACAUUGCUCUGACCCUUGCUUCUUGUCUUAUUGGAGCAGCUUUGUGGUUAGCCAAAGCAUUGUUGAUAAAGCUUCUAGCUUCAAGUUUUCAAUCUACAAGAUUCUUUGACAGGGUGCACGAAUCAAUCUUUCAUCAAUACAUUCUCAAGACUCUUUCAGGCCCUCCCUUGAUGGAGAUGGCUGAAAAGGUUGGUACAACUUCAAAUAAUGACCAACUUAGUUAUACGACCAUGCUUAAUAAGAAGGAAGGGGAGAAAGGAAAGGUAAUUGAUGCAGACAAGCUCAAGAAAAUGACACAAAAGAAAGUUUCUCCUUUGACUAUGAAAGGAUUGAUUAAUGUGAUAAGGAGUUCUGGGUUGUCUACCAUCUCCUAUGCACAGGAUGAUGAUGAGAAUGAACAGAAAGAUAAUGAAAUUAAUAGCGGGUGGGAAGCAAAGGCAGCUGCUUAUAGAAUUUUUAUGAACGUAGCCAAGCCAGGACACAAGUACAUUGAGAUAGAUGACCUCUUGCGAUUCAUGAAAAUUGAAGAAGUGGAAAACUUGCUUCCACUAUUUGAAGGUGCAGUUGAGACUAGAAGAAUUAAGAGGAAGUCUCUCAAGAACUGGCUGGUGAAAGUCUACCUUGGACGCAAAUCGCUCAUACAUUCACUAAAUGAUACCAACACAGCUGUCGAUGACUUGAAUAUACUUGCUUCUGCUGUUGUGGUUAUUGUGACCCUUAUUGUGUGGCUUCUUUUAACGGGUGUCUUAACAACUGAAGUUCUUGUCUUUAUAUCAUCCCAGCUUUUACUUGUGGGUUUCAUGUUUGGCAACACUGCUAAAACUGUGUUUGAAGCUAUUAUAUUUGUUUUUGUGGUGCACCCUUUUGAUGUUGGUGAUCGAUGCGUCAUUGAUGGUGUUCAGAUGGUUGUGGAAGAGAUGAACAUACUAACUACCGUCUUUCUGAGAUAUGACAAUGAAAAGAUUUUCUAUCCAAAUUCAGUUCUCUCAAACAAACCAAUCAGUAACUUCAACAGGAGUCCAGAAAUGAGUGAUGCUGUUGAAUUUGUUGUUGAUGUUUCUACUUCUAUUGAAAGUAUUGGAGCUUUAAAGGCAAAGUUAAAAGUAUAUUUGGAGAGUAGGCCUCAAUACUGGCAUACCGAACACGACGUAUUGGUUAAUGAUAUUGAGAAUGUGAAUAAGAUGAAAAUGGCUGUGUAUGUUACUCACACCAUAAAUUUUCAGAACUAUUGGGAUAGGAGCUGCCGAAGAUCGGAAUUAGUCCUGGAGUUAAAGAAAAUUCUUCAAGAUCUUAAUAUUAAAUAUCAUCUGCUGCCACAAGAAGUUCAUGUCAAUUAUGUAAGGUCACCAGACUCAACAUUGCAAGCAGUUUGAAUUUCCUUUAUCGUUUUCAGAGGUGCAAGUCUGUAGCAGAGUUUCUGUGCUGUUAUUAUCUUGGUUGUAGACUGAUUGUCUCCACAUACUCUUUUUUUCUAAUUUGAAAUAAGAAAUGGUGUGACAAAUGUAUGAUUUAGUUA